CCUACAUCCGGGUCCCCGCCGCCACCGCCCCGCUCGCCGAGCCGACGGGAGCAGAGGGAGCCGAACCAAGAUGGCGGCGGCGGCGGCGGCGGGGCGAGGCGUCCCCUUCGGCUCCUCUCCGCCCGCACUCACCGCCACCUUCGCGGGCGGAGCCUCCGCCAACGGCUUCUCCAACGGCAACGGCGGCGGGGGCGACGGCAAGGCGGACGAGGAGGACGGGCAGAACCUCUGGUCCUGCAUCCUCAGCGAGGUGUCCACCCGCUCCCGCUCCAAGCUCCCCGCGGGGAAGAGCGUCCUGCUGCUCGGGGAAGAUGGAGCUGGGAAAACAAGCCUAAUAGGAAAAAUGCAAGGAAUUGAUGAAUACAAGAAAGGAAGAGGAAUGGAGUAUUUGUACUUAAACGUGCAUGAUGAAGACAGAGAUGAUCAAACAAGAUGUAAUGUAUGGAUCCUAGAUGGUGACUUGUAUCACAAAGGUCUCCUUAAAUUUGCGAUGGAUGCCAACUCUCUGAAGGACACUUUAGUUAUGCUGGUUGUAGACAUGUCAAAGCCUUGGACUGCCUUGGAUUCUUUACAGAAAUGGGCAAGUGUUGUAAGAGAACAUAUUGACAAGCUCAAAAUUCCUCCUGAGGAAAUGAAAGAAAUGGAACAAAAGUUGAUAAGAGACUUUCAAGAGUACAUAGAGCCGGGAGAGGAUUUCCCAGCUUCUCCCCAGAGAAGAAAUACUACAUCACAGGAGGAUAAAGAUGACAGUGUGAUUUUACCACUGGGUGCAGAUACACUUACUUAUAACUUGGGCAUUCCAGUACUAGUAGUUUGCACAAAGUGUGAUGCCAUUAGUGUGUUGGAAAAAGAGCACGACUACAGAGAUGAACAUUUUGACUUUAUCCAGUCGCACAUCCGGAAGUUUUGUUUACAGUAUGGUGCCGCACUCAUUUACACUUCAGUAAAGGAAAACAAAAAUAUAGAUUUAGUAUACAAAUACAUUGUUCAAAAAUUAUAUGGAUUUCCUUUCAAAAUACCUGCUGUCGUUGUGGAAAAAGAUGCAGUAUUUAUCCCAGCAGGUUGGGAUAAUGACAAGAAGAUAGGAAUUUUACAUGAAAAUUUUCAGACAUUGAAAGCAGAAGACAGCUUUGAAGACAUCAUAACAAAACCACCAGUCAGGAAGUUUGUUCAUGAGAAAGAAAUUGUAGCAGAAGAUGACCAAGUGUUUCUUAUGAAGCAGCAGUCCCAGUUAGCAAAGCAGCCACCAACUGCAGCUGGAAGGCCCGUGGAUGCCUCACCUAGGGUUCCCGGAGGCUCCCCUCGAACCCCAAACCGAUCAGUUUCAUCCAAUGUUGCCAGUGUGUCUCCUAUCCCCGCUGGGUCAAAAAAAAUUGAUCCAAAUAUGAAAGCUGGAGCUACAAGUGAAGGAGUCCUCGCUAAUUUCUUCAAUAGUUUGCUGAGUAAAAAAACAGGCUCUCCAGGUACUCCUGGAGUUGGUGGUGGCAGCCCUGGAGGUGGAGGUGGAGGUGGUAGCAGCAGUUUACCACCCUCUGCAAAAAAAUCAGGCCAGAAGCCUGUCUUAACAGAUGUUCAAGCGGAAUUGGACAGAAUUUCCCGAAAACCGGAUAUGGUCUCUCCUACCACACCUACAUCCCCUUCAGAAGGAGAAGCAUCUUGAAGAUACCAAAUAAAGCCAUUUAUUCAGUUUUCUGGGAUAAUGUAAACUUGCCUCUGCCUUUUCCUUCAAAAGUGGAAUUAGGGAGCAGAAAUGCUAUUUCAGAAGGACAAAAUUUAAUAUGUCAUUUUUUGUUGCCCAACUUUACAAAAAGGGAUAUGUACAGAAGGAAAAUUAUGCUACACUACGUAGGACUACUGUCUGCAUUGCCACUUUGCAUAAAGAAGUAAUUCUGGGGUUUUGUCAAACUCAAAGUAAUUUGUAAAACGGCAACAUAUCCAUUUGAUAUGAUAAGUUAUUUGAAAAGGCUGUUAACAGGAGGGUGUGGGGAAGGGAGGCGAGAGGAUAUGCAGGGCACUUGACUGACUUUGAAUCCCCAUCCCUUUUAGUUAUGGUUAUUAAAUUAAAGUUGUAAACAUUAACCUGCUAGUUUUGCUGGAAGAAAGAAGAUAAUCAGUUAACUAUUUUGUGCACCAAAAUAAAUUAAUUCAAAUAAAUUACUGCCACAAAUGGAAUAUGCUGAGAAAGCUAUCAGAUUUCCUAUGCGAUGAUAGAUUGUGGUCCAGUAAAUGCUGAUUGCGAUAUUACUUACAGAAAUAUUGACAAGUUGACUUUCAUCAACUGCAGGCGGGGCAUACCUACUAAAUAUUUAAAAAGCAAUGCAGAGGUUAUCAAAAUGUAAAGAGUAACAAUUUACAGACUUGUCUCUAUAUGGCUCAGCCUUAACACACCCCUUUGUUUUCCACAUUCAGUGAUCGUUUCAAAUAUUAGUCUUUAAAACUGUAAUCAGUUAAUAAAGUAUUUAUUCUCAGCAUAUAGAUUAAUUAAUUCAUUGCAUUCUUAUAUUUAAAUUUGUAUUUAUUAGCCAAUGAAAGAUUUUCUAGUAUUUUCUUAGUAUUCGGCUCAGAAAGAUUUAUUAAACUCUCGUGUUUCCCAUCUUUUCAUUAUAAAUUUAUCUCUGGCACAACUAGUUGGUAAAGAAGGUUGACAUUUGUGUAAUGUCUCGAUAUUAGAGAAGUACUAAGACCUGAUGGUCUAGUUUUUGUUCACUUUAUCCUUCUUCCCCCUCACCCCCCCAGGAUAUUUCUUACCCACACAAUCUUGUCCGCAUUCUUAGGAAGUAAAUUGCAUUCCAACAGACUUCUGGAACUCAUUAAGUUGUAGCAGAUACUGUUUUUCAAACCUUAAUUGAUGCACUAAAGUCCGAUCAUCACUUUAUUAAUUCACACUAGGAUAGGGCUUGACGACAGAGACCAUUUAAGAGUUUAAGUAAGGUCAGUUAAGAAGAAUAUCCGCUUUGGAUUUAAAGCCAGUUUUGUUUCAUUGUUUAAAAGGCUUUUCUGUUGGUGUGUUCUUAUUUAACAGUGUAGCAUUCUAAAAGAUGCUAUUCAGUGGGAUUUUCUAAAACGUUAAAGUACAACAAUCCCUCAAGGUAAGGAAAUUCACUCGUUUGUAAAUCUGUUUCUCCUAUCGAACACUAGUUAAAUUUCUUAAAUGUAGUUGAGAACUUUGGUAUACUAGAAGUGUGAUAUGAUUUAAAACUUACUUUAUAGCUUGGUAUGUAAGGAGCACUUUGCAAAAUGAAGGGUGCAUAUUAACUGAAGAAGAAAUUUAAGAAAGUCUAUUUUCUUAGGCAAAAUGGUUGAGCUAAGAAAUGGUUCUACAGUUGUAGGAAGCUAUUCUGAGGUAAUCUGUUAAUUGAAGCGGAACGACUUCAUAGUAUAAAGAGGGUAGAUACAAGAAGGAUAGAAUUGGUGCAUGGUGUACAUUUCUCCAUUCCUUAAAUAUCUGCUGCUGGGCUUGACUGACUGAAGAAGAGAAUGGUGUUAUACAUAUGGGGCCCUGGAGAUAGAUUGGAGAGAGAAUAUUGUAUAUGGCCAAUCUAAAAUCAUUGGCAUGGCUUGUUUUAGCUGAUUCAAUUGUAACUGCUUUAACCUUUUUUAAUUUUACAAAUAUUUUUGUACCGAUUAUUUUUUAAAGUGAUUUUUCCAUUCCAUCCAUUACAAAACCCUUUGUGAAACUGAACACAUGCCUCAACUAUUCAGUAAAUGCCCAUGAUAUGAUUUAUUUAUUUUUUGAACUUUCAGAUGUGUUUUGAUUUUCACUGUGAAAAUGCCAGAAUUGCAUGUUUAAUGAAUUCCUACAUGCAGCAAACUUAACAUUACUCAUUCUUUUAUUUCAUAAAAAAAAUUCAUCUUGAACUGAUUUAGCCAUAUAUGCCCAAUGAUAUUUAGGCUGUAUGCCAAAAAAGUGGUAGCCUGAAUACAGUUUUUUUUCUGCAGUAAAAUUUUUGGGAUCCCAUUAAAAUUAGGAUGGUUUUCUAAAGUACCCCAGUUCUGAACUUGAAAGGUACAUGGGUGCAACUUCAUCUCAGAGCUGAUCAUUUUUCAGAGAUCCUGAAAGGUUUCACUUUAGGAUUAUAUUUUGUGAACUCCCAUGAAUUAGCAUUAUUUCUUCUUGUAUCUUAUCCAGAGACCAGGAAUUUGUUGUUCCUGUUCUGCUGUUUGAUAGAAGUUAUUAGCCCCUUCACCCUUAAGAAGUCUCCCAAAUUUUUUUAAGCUCUGUAAAUUGCGAAGCAAAUUUGCACCUAUGCAUUUUCAUAAAUUAAUCUUAGUUCCCAACCUGAAUUUUUACAUGCAGUCCUUACAGUCCAUGCCAGACAUCUGAUUUUUUUUUGUUAAAUUGUGGAGGAGGAGGGGGGUUGUUCAUUAUGACACCCCAAGUCACUCUUUGAAAGUGUGACCAAAUAUGCUAAUACAGAAAGAUCCUUUAGAUUUUUGGAGUUGGGUAGAAACAUUGAUCUUUGAGGUGAUGGUCGGGCUUCAAAGUUUUCAUAGCCCCUGUUCUGGGCCUUUUCUGGUCCAGCAUUACCUUUUUUUGCACCUUCCAAUUCACCAUUAUUAUGGUGAUGAAGUUUUAAGCCUUGUGAAUGCAAUUGUGAUCCAAUUAUAAGGAAAAUAAAGGCUUAGCCCUGACAUUCUUUUCUCCCCUCUUUCUCCACUGAGGUGUGCCAGAAGCUUGAGGAUUCUUUUUCAAUGCAGUGUGGUUACAAUUGCACUAUAAAGUCAUUUUUUUCAAAAUUUUGUGAUUAACAUUGGAUUAGGUCCAAGGAGGCUGGAACUGGAAACAAUAAGGGGUUUGGUUAAUAAAUUAGAGAAAUUUCAGAUCCUGUCCUUUUCUUAGUGUGCAAAUAACCCAAUGAGUAGCAAAAGUAAAAUUAACAAAAGAUUCUGCUAUUCUUAAUAAUCGGCAUUAGAAUAGAAAUGUUGGAAGUAUUUUAAAUUCAGGCACCAUUUUCUUUGGAGACAAUUGGAAAUGAGUGAAUUCAGAAAACAUGUUUUGAAUUUAGGUACUAACUUGCCAGACCAUGCAAGGGAACAAGAGUGGAGCUUCUACUUACCUAUAAGUAAGCUCAAAAAAGAAACUGCAGGGCCUCUCAAAGCAAAAUGUUUGGUACUGUCAAAUCAAUAGUAUUGGGCGCUUACUAUGUGCAGAGCACUGCACUAAGCACUUGGGAGAGUACAAUGCAACAAUACUUUCCUGAAUUCUAAUGAUAUCCAAUGUAUCUUUCAGUAAACAGAAGAUAACGGUGGUAAACACCUGACUUGAAGUCUAUUGGUAUGUCUGAGGAGCUGAGGAACUUCAACUUCUAUCUUGGUUUUGAGCGAAUUAGUGCAAUAAAAUGGAAGUAAAAAAAAAUUUGUGAGCUGUUUGAGGUGGGUAAUGCUAGUCUACCUAAGUAUCUUCAGGGGUGAGACACAAAGCAGUUGCUGCCAUUACACUUAUGUCAACCUGGUCCUGAAAGUAGAGGAUGGAUUUUACUUAGCCUAAUUUCUACUCUCUGCAUCAUUUUUUAAACAGUUCUGUAAAGUCAAUUUAGGCAGUGAAAACUUUAAGAAAACCUAUCAGCAGUUCUGAGACCAUCCUAAUUCUGCCAUGGUCAGCCUAAAUUGGUUUAGCACAUUCGGGUAUAAAUUGUUAACGUUUCUACUGCAGCAAGGGAAGUGACGUUAUUAUGGCAAUGUGAUUUCUGGAAGGCUUUUUAUUUUUUUCUGGAAUAUUUUCCCUUCUCCAGACUCUUUUCAGAAUGAGUUUUUCUAAGUAACUAGUACCCAUGCUCAGUUUUUGUUUACCUCAUUUGCACAUGACACCCUUUCACUCCAAUAUACAAACCUCACCUCAAAACCAAGAUAAAUUUGGGAUUGAUUGAAGAUUGCCUUAACACUGCUAUAUCCCAACCAGUGGAUGUGCUUUUGAGCAUUCAUUUAAUCAUUAGUGUCACCUGCAAAUGCCAGAAAGGAGAAUAGGACUGAAUAAACACUUUCCAUGUAGAUGUGGCUGUGUAUGUGAAUCCUAAAAAUAAAAAGUAAAACAUUACCCAAGUUUUUGGAAUUCAAACUUGAAUUUUUAUCUGAACCUUCUUUAAACAUAUCUAAUCAUUACUCAUCUCCUGAAGUAUUAGGCACUAUUAGACCAUUGGCUCUGCUUGAACAUGAGGGCCUGUAGGACAAUCCAGAAAGCAAAAACUUCUUUCAAAAUAUCAAUUUAAAAUCUAAAUUUGGAGCCCAUCUAAAUAAAGGGAAUGAAGUUAGGUAGUAAUGUGGUUUUUUUUAUAUGCUACCCCCUUACCAGAUCCCCUUCCAUGUGAUAAAAAGGUAAUAUGCUUAAAAUCUAUUGACUACAUAAUGACUUCCUUUUGAUGUCUUUGAUUUUAGGGAAUUAUUUACAGUGAAGUCAAAAAUAGAUAAGGAAGAUGUCAAGUUUUAUCACAAAUAACUUAAGAACUAGUGCUGCCACUUUCUUGGUCUGUAAAGCACAGUAUCACAUAAAUAUUUUAAAACCACACCAAACUCUUGUUCCUAUAACCACAGGUAAGGUAAAUACACUGACAAUUCAGAAAUCUCAUGUUAGCUAGUAGUUUCAUAGCUUUUUACAGGAGCUGUCAAGAAAUCAAAAAUUUGGCUAGUGUAAACAUUCCUCCCUUCCCUUCUGUUUAAAGUAUUCUAGUGAAAUGGUCAAAAGACGGGUGGAGAGAAUAGAGAAGGUAAACAGCAAAGAACCCGAAUAAUCCACUAAAGGGAUAAUCAGUCUUUGGAUUUUUGAGAACUGGAUAUUCUAGAGGUUUGUGAGAUUUUAGUCGUAGAUUAGGUGCAAGUUUUGCUAACAAUGUGACACAAAUCUUAAGUUUAAAGUUGUGGGAAGAUUAUUCCUGGAAAGUGGGCUAUGUAAAUAUAGUUGUGUUCCUAAAAUAUGGGUCCGUCACCUCUCAAGCUUUGUACUGGCUCGUAAUUGAAUUUGGAGUUUUUACUAUUUCCGCCAAGUGUAUACCAUAUGCCCUGGACCACUGAUUUAUUAAUAAUGAGGUCAGUGAUGCUGAGGGAAAAUAGAAUUAAAAUAGGAAGAUGUCAUUUUUUCUUCAACUUAAAAAUAACGGCUACUGAGGUUAAUUAAAGAGGAAAUUGGUGAACACUGCUGAACACUGUUCAAGGUGCACUGUACAGCCUACACCUUUUGAAUAAACUUCCAGACUCUUAGUGUUUGGGUAGUUUUCCACUUUUUAGAUGAAGUGACUGCUGAAACACUACUCUGCGGCAUAUGCAAUGUAAUCUUAAAACAAGUAAUCUUAACAGAAUAGAGAAUGCUAAGUUGAUCUUUUCAGUUGUCUAAAUAUGCAAACCAAAGUACCAUCUUUGCCUUUUUUUCUUUGGAUUUCUGGCCUUUUAGUGUGCACCGUGGCAUGACUAAAUAUCUUCAAACCUAGGCACAUUAACCACAAUCUGGUUAAUGUAAUGGCUAAGGAAGAAAGGGACUGAGUCAUUUUCUGUUAGAGGAAACAGUUUUUUUGGUUUUGGUUUUUUCUUUUUCUGGUCAAAAGGCCCCUCAACUGAAUCUUACUUAAACAUUUGUUGGUUGCAGUUUUUCCUCUUGUUAUUCAAAAUGUUCGUUAUGGGCAAGUUUCAUUACGGGGUUAGCAACUUAAGUUGGGAUAAUGUGGAGAAAGACCCUGUGCAUAAAGCUGUCUUUACCAUAAUAAAUGGAUGUUAGAUAUCAGAAAUAGCAUUUUGAUAAUGCUCCAGGUACACUAGUAACCAACAUUUAGUUAGCUUUUCCCCCAAACUUAAAAACUAACGAUACUAAGCGUAUACUUUCACUUGUGCUAGUAGCAUGGACAAUUUGUUUUUGUAAGCUUUUAGAGAGGCCCAUUCCUUUACCACUCUGUCUUAUUAAAUGCUGUAAAUGAGCUCUCUCUCUCUCAUAGGAGAAACUGUCAGUUGACUUUCCAAUCUGGUAUAAAAGAGAGAUCAGAAUAGAGCUCUCUGAAUGCAUGAAAAAGCAAAAAAGCUCUUCAUAUGUAUCACUUCUAUUUUUGAGAAGAUAAUUUAAGUAAUUUAAAAAUCCAAAGACAGCCAGUUGCCUCUGUCAAUUCAGGUUGAUAACUUUACUCAAGUUCCUCUUUUCUUGGAAAAUAUAAACUGUAUAUGCCAGUCUCUUGCAAAAUGGCUACUUAUACUUAACUUUUUAUGUAUGCUUUACCUAAAUUAAAAUGAUUUCUUGCUAACUGAA